AGACUGACGUCAUCAUCCUGCGACCACCGCAGGGGCGUUGAAAGGAGCGUUUACGUCAUCAUCCUGCGACCGCCGCCGAGCGUUUAAGGGAGCCUUGACGUCAUCGUCCUGCGACCUCUGGACGUUGAAAGGAAGGAAGGGAGCAACUGAGAAGAAGCCGGCAGAGGCUCCUCGGGCAAGAUGGGGGGCGGCGACUUGAACCUGAAGAAGAGCUGGCAUCCGCAAACCUUGCGUAAUGUGGAAAAGGUUUGGAAGGCAGAACAGAAACAUGAAGCUGAACGGAAGAAAAUUGAGGAGCUCCAGCGGGAGCUGCAUGAGGAGCGAGCGCGAGAAGAAAUGCAGCGUUACGCAGAGGAUGUGGGCGCUGUCAAGAAAAAAGAUGAGAAGCUAGAAUGGAUGUACCAAGGACCAGGAGGCAUGGUGAACAGAGAUGAAUACCUUAUGGGCCGUCCAGUUGACAAGUUUGUCUUUGAGUCAAUGGAGGACAAGGAGGCAGGCUGUUCUUCUGAGACUGGCCUUCUGCCAGGCUCUAUCUUUGCCCCGACAGGUGCCAACUCUGCCUUAGAUAUGGCCAGCAAGAUCCGAGAAGAUCCACUUUUUAUGAUAAGGAAGAGGGAGGAGGAAAAGAAACGUGAAGUUCUGAACAAUCCUGUAAAAAUGAAGAAGAUCAAAGAAUUGUUGCAAAGCAGUUUGGAUAAGAAGAAAAAGAAGAAGAAAAAGGAGAAGAAAAAGAAGCACAAGAAGCAUAGACACCACAGUCCUAGCAGCAGUGACAAUGAACAGAAUAAAACAAAAUCACGAGAGAAAAUGGACAAAAUGGAGCCAGUUCAUCCCAGAAUGCCAGAAUAUGGCUUGCAGAUUCGAGGUAAUGGCCAUGACAAGAUGUCUUCCCACAAGCUACAACAGAACUCUAUGUCAAGGAGCCAAUGCCUAACACCAGAGAGGCACUCAAGCAAGAAAAGCACAUAUGAGGUGGAGCAGAGCAGUCACAGAAGGUCAAGAUCACCUAGAGAUAAUAAACAGCACAACAGCAAGGACCAGAAGACAAAAACAGGAAGCAGGAGCAUUUCUCCCAAAAAAGAAAGUUACAGAAGACAACAAACCUCAAGAAAACUCUCAGCAGAAGAGUUGGAAAGAAGACGGCAAGAAAUGAUGGAGAAUGCCAAGUGGCGGGAAGAGGAAAGGAUGAACAAUGUAAAAAGACAUAGAAAAGAAGAGGAACGAGAGCGAGCACUGGAGAAGUUUGGCCGUAGUGAUGGGAAGUUCAUACACCACAUGAAGCUGGAGAGUGCAUCUACCUCCUCUCUUGAAGACCGGGUCAAAAGGAACAUUCAUUCCAUUCAAAGGACAGCAGCAGCCCUGGAAAAAAACUUCAUGCAAAGAUGAGAUUCUCAUGAGAUGAGAGACCACUGAGGACUUGCACUUGCGGGGUGCUUUUUAACCUCAAAGGAACGGGGAUGAGGAAAACAGAAAACUAUGAGGCUUUCACAGCCUUGCAUCAGCUCUUUCCUCCAUGUGCGAGAGGUUUUGUGUCUGAACAAUGAAUUGAAGUUUACUGUGAUGUAUUGUUACAAACACAGUUCUAAAAUACCAAACUAAAGUAUUUUAAAAUUC